AUGGAAUUACAAGCAGUUUUAGGCGACGAAAUAGAAAUAAAAAAGGUCCGCAAAAUUGAAAUAUUUCAAGUUAUAAUUUUUAUUAUUACUAUAAUAGCAUUUUUGGAUAUUCAUUAUCGAAUUUCAAAUAAAUCAAUUGAUUGUAAUAAAUUAUUAACUAAUAAUUCGGAAAUUCGACAACGACGUUCUAUUGCUAUACGUCCAAUUCGUCCGAAAACAAUUAAUGAUUCAAAAAAUGAUAUUUGGAUGGAAUCUCUUUCAAAAAUUGAGAUGAAUGAACUCCUCGAUAAAUGUUUGUCUAUCCAUCAGUACUGCACGGAUGAAUCAGACAGUAGAGGUCCAUCAGGCCCUCUUGGUCCACCAGGACCACCUGGAAAUCCAGGUCAAACCGGGCCACCAGGACGUGUGGGUCCAAUGGGUUUGCCAGGACCACCUGGGCCAAGAGGUCCGCCUGGGUUUCCUGGAAAACCUGGUAUAUGCCCUAAGUGUCCUGUCGCUGAAGGCUAUGAAGUUAAGCGAGAAGAAUGUCCGAAAAUAGAACCAAUGAAAUGUCCAGCGUCAGUUACAUUGGAUGGCAAGGGUGCACCUCGAGUAGUCGAACAACCACUUCCAUAUUUUAUUGAAACGAUGUUACGCAAUUAUACAGACAUAGCGAUUGAGGCAGAAGAAUGUUUCCGAGCAUGCUUGACCAACAUAACAAUUUCAAAGGAGCUUCCUAUUACUACAAGCACCGAGAUUCCGUACAUCGAAGGAGUAACUGCACAUUGUUAUCUAUCAUCUGUGGACAAACCUGUUUUUCAUGCUCAUUCAAAUACGUAUUAUGGCUCAUGGAUGAGGGAUGCUUAUCCGAGAACUGGCCAGGAUAUGCUGAAAAGAUGGGUAACAAAACACUUUCAAGGAAAUAUUGUUGAAGAAUAUUUAGAUGAAGGCGACAUGCGCCGACAGCGAAUUCAUCGCACAUAUAAACUUCCAUUUUUAUACGACGGUACCAAUAAUGUCUUUUUUAAUGGUUCAUUUUAUUAUCAUCGAGCUGGUACGCCAAAAAUUGCGAAAUAUGAAAUUUUUUCGAAGCGUUAUAACGAGGUAUUAAUUGAUGAACGAGCAGCGCAUAAAGGUAACAAGUAUUUAUUCAAUUUGUCGAUGAAUUAUUUCGAUCUUUGCGUCGAUGAAAACGCUCUCUGGGUGCUUUUCCACUACGAAAAUGUGAAUUAUCUUUCGGUUGCUAAACUUGAUAUUAAUAAUUUAACAAUUUAUGAGACGUGGAAUUUGACGCUCAUUAAUCAUACUGAAGUGUCCAAUGGAUUUGUGGUUUGUGGUGUACUAUACCUGGUUUCAAAUUCAUUUGAGCUAAAAUCGGAUAUCUCAAUAGCUUAUGAUUUUUAUCGCGACAAAUAUCGUAAACCAAAUAUAAAAUGGGUGAAUUUGUACCGCAACGCUAACAUGGUAUCAUAUAAUCCAUAUGAUAAGCGCAUAUACGUCUAUGAUCAUGGAUAUCUUUUAACUUUGCCUGCUAGAAUAACAUGGAGAGCCAAGUAG